UGUAAAUAAGCAGCAGUGUAUGCAGACUCCCUCUUGCACACCAUGCCUGCACUUUAUCGGAUACUUCUACUGUUCUCUGUGGUAAUAGCCUCUAUGGCACUGCAGAGGCCUCCACGAACUAAGAGAGGGCUACUGGAGCUGGCAGGAGUCAUCAAGUGCAGCACAGGCAGAUCAGCCCUGGCUUAUAUGAUGUAUGGCUGCUACUGUGGACUGGGGGGUCAGGGCUGGCCCAGGGAUAAAGCAGACUGGUGCUGUCACAAACAUGACUGCUGCUACGGAGAUGCAGAAAUUGCUGGUUGCCGAACCAAGACAAGAAAGUAUCAAUGGACAUGUGAAGACAGGACUGCAGAAUGUGAUGAUCUCAAGGACAAAUGUGAGAAGAUUCUCUGCAAAUGUGACAGGGAGGCAGCCAAAUGCUUGAGAAAGGCACCUUUCAUACGGAAAUAUGCUAUGUGGCCAGACUUUCUCUGUGGGUGUACACUGCCAACAUGUAAUAUCUACUAAUUCAAUAAAUGUACACUUGUUGAUUUUUAUUUGCUGUGUGUCUAUUUAUGUUAAUAGAAUAUCAUAUGUA